ACCAAAAAAAACAAAACCCUUAUAAUUACCCCACACGCACACACACAAUAAGUAAACCCUCACAUCUCAAGUUAAGAAUAUCUCUAAACAAUAUGAACGGCAUGAGUGGAUCUUCUACGGCGGCUCCCGCACCUUCACCGUCGGCCUUAUUCCAACAUCGCCGCCGUCAUCACGGUGGCAUGAUGCACAUGACGUUCUUUUGGGGGAAAAACACAGAGGUUCUAUUCGAUGGCUGGCCAGGGACUAGCCUGAAAAUGUAUUGGGUCUGCCUUGCCACCGUUUUCGUCUUUUCCGCAUUGUCGGAGUGGUUGUCUCGAUGCGGGAUCAUGAAAGCCGGUCCGGCUAGCUUAGGCGGCGGGCUAGCCCAGACCGUGAUUUACACUGUGAGGGCUGGUUUGUCUUAUCUGAUCAUGUUGGCUGUGAUGUCCUUCAAUGGAGGAGUCUUCUUGGCUGCAAUGGCCGGGUUUGGAGUAGGGUUUUUGAUUUUUGGAAGUAGGUCUUUUAAGGACACUGGCAUUAAUAACAAUCACACCGAGGUUCAAUCACAUUGUUGAUUCUUAUUUGUUUUCAUAUCAACUCUGCUGUUUGUGGGCUUUAUCAUUUUAUUUUUGUUUC